AAUGCACUCUAUCACAGUAUGCACUAUAAUAAUUUGUAUAGUCUAAGUAAAUAUUAUUAUAGAUCUAAAAUAAUGAACAUUGCUUCAUGUGUAAGAGCAUUUAUGAUUAAUUAUUCACAAGUUCCUUUGAGUAAGUUGCAACUGCUUCUCAAGCUCUGUCAGUGUAAAAUGUCAGAGAGAGGUACGCAAGAGAGCAGACUAAUGGAUUACCAUCGGCACCGAGAGAAUACUGGUAUGGUGACAAGUCCACACGGUGCCAUAUUCUUAUUGGCAGAGGAGUUCAAAAUGAAAUUGCAGAAUCAGAAUGGUGGUGACCACACAUCAUCAACUGUGAGGGGGAAGAAUGACCACGUUGAGAGAAAGAGUAGAAGUGCUACUUACUUUGUUGGAUCUCGUGGUGAAAAUCUGGCAGCCUCGGACAAGUUAGAACAGGAAGCUGGAACUAGUGAUCAUGCACAGCCAUCAACGUUUGGUGUGGCACUACGUUGCACAAAACUUGUUAUGGCUAGGGAUUCUCAAGAAAGUUAUGGAGCCAAUAAUGAACUUAUGCAAAAAUUGAAGCAGCGGAGAAUGAUAGUUAACGAUGAAAAGAGAUCGCGAGAGGAUCCAGCAGUUCAAAAUGAGAAGACGGUUAGCAAAGGUAUUGAAGAGGAGCGUCAACGGUCGUAUGGGCUAGAGUCUUCGGAAAACAAAUCAAAAACACAGCCAUAUGAGAAUGUUCUCCCACUUCAGAAAAGUGUAAAACCAAAAGUGGUGAGCACCAAAGCAGAACAAGCUGAUAUUAUAAUUCAACAAAAACAGCGGGAACGUGUCCUUGGUUAUGAAACUACUAAGGAAUUUAUCAGUGACGCUGGAUGUGACGAUGCUCCUAUAACAAGAACAGGAGCAAACCAUUGUGAUGCAACUGUCAACAAAUCCACACUAUCAGUUCAGUAUACAUGUACAGAGUUGGAACAACUCCGACAGACACAUAAACAGGAGCUUGAAGAAAAAGAAAAGGUGUACAAGAAAAAAAGAAAAAACCUCGAAUACAAGUACAUGAAGAUGGUAGAUGAUUUGGAGCGAAAUUACCAGAAUAAGCACGAUGAACAGCGAAAACAACUGACUGAGAAGUUCAAUAAAGCAUUAGCUAUCCAAUCAGCUGAAGCACUGGCUGAGAAGGCACGUCUGCUUACAUCCGCUGAUCAGACUCAGUUGGAUCAUCAGAAACAGCUUGUGGAGUUACAGCAGGAAAAUGAUGGUUUGAAUCGCAAAGUCAAGCAGUGUGAACGCAACAAACAGGAUAUCCUUCAACACUAUCAAAGUGAAAUCCAACUGCUUAGAUUCACCAAUCAACAGUUAGAGACCGAGUCUAACUACAAAGAUGAGUUGGCUCCCUACAUCUUAACUUGGCUCCCUGAGCUUGGUGAGCAACAAGGUUUGGGGUCGUACGGAUCUGUCUACCCUAUACAACUGAAUGGGAUUAGUUGUAUUGCCAAACGAAUUCACGACAUUUUUCUUGGUAAAGGGAGAGGAGAAAGAGUGAAUUUAAGGGAAAAACGAGCAGCUUAUGAAAAGUUUUACCACGAAUGUGUUUUACUGAGUCGCAUCCGCCACCCCAACAUUGUCCAGUUCAUGGGUGUGUACUACGGGCCACAGAGAGAUUACGGGAAAGAGCUUACACUAGUAAUGGAGCGCCUGUACACAAAUUUGUACGACUGCUUACAUCGCUAUCCCAACAUUGAAAUGUGGCAAAAGGUGUCGAUUCUUCUAGACAUUUCCCAAGGUUUGCUUCACCUUCAUUCUCGGGGUGUUGUUCACCGCGAUCUGACAGCUCCCAACAUUCUCCUCACAAGGAGCUUCCAUGCUAAAAUUGCUGACCUUGGAGUCUCAAAAAUCAUCCAAGUUAGCGGCACUAAACAAACCAUGGCUCCUGGUAAUCCUGACUACAUGCCCCCUGAGGCACUAACCGAAAUCCCCAUGUACGGCUAUGCUCUUGAUAUAUUCUCGUUUGGCGUAAUCAUGCUCUUCGUGUUGAAUCAAGAAUACCCAAAGCCAUAUGAGGUUCCUCUCAAGACAGUCACUGGCACCGUUCAACGACAGGAAGUUCAGAUACAAAAGCGAAGGAAAUGGAUUGGCAAACUAUCACCAGACGAUCCAAUGAAACAACUAAUCUGCCGUUGUCUUCAGGACGAGCCUAAACGGCGACCAUUAUCUCAAUAUCUCAACUCAACUCUGAUUCAUUUUGCACAGCAGUUCCCAAAGCCGUUCGUAGAUACUAUUGAAAUGCAAAGAACAUUGAAACCCACAACUCUACCUGCAUAACACCUCGAACACGCAAUGAGAACAAUUUACAUUUUAGCUGGUAUCACUAUAGUUCGUAUAAUUAUAAUUAUCACUUACAAAAAAUUUGUUUUGUUGAGUUUUUAUAUAAUUAGCUAUGUGCCCUAUUGGAAAAAUGUGUGCAAUUUACUCGCCUGUAGUAUAUAUAAGUUAUGACAAUGUUAUGAUGUUAUUAUAGUGGCUAUAAUAAUUAUAUAAUUAUACGUUGUGUUGGUGCGUCCACUC